AUGAAUAUCGACGAGCCAGAUAAACGCCUCCCCUCGUUGGCUCCGGGUCCCAGUGGGCCCGUGAAGCAUCCAUCCGUGCCUUUGACCAAGCCAAGGAAAAACUCCACCGCAUGCUUACCAUGCAAGCAAGCAAAGAGGAAGUGCACCGGCCGCCCAUCGCCUUGCAAAGCAUGCCAAAACACAGACGCGGAGUGCAUCUUCGAUGAGACCCUAGAUCUGAGACGCAAGGUUGCCGCUAGACGCACACUCGGCGAGCUGGAGCAUUAUCGGAGUUUGCUCUACUCUUUAGUCGACUCACUCCGUUCGACAGACGAAGACAGAGUUCACCAUAUCCUGGAGACCAUCCGUGAUAGCUCUUCACUGGACCCAAUUGCGGUAGCGAUAGACGCACCGAACAUCGAUGGCCAUGACACAUCCGCCGACGAGUGGAAGAGUAAGACUGGUGGCGACGAUACUACUGUCCAGCCAGAGCGUCUGUCGGGUGACGCUCAUUCGAGGAUAACACUGGAAAAACUCUGCGACAUUCCCCUGUUCCAGGUAUCUGCUAAGCCCUGGGUCACGGUCACGAAUGAUGAUCACCUGGUCUCCCAUCUAAUCUCGUUAUACUUUACCUGGGACCAUCCCAUGCUGCAGAUCGUCGACCAAAGCAUAUUUCUGGACCACAUGAGGAGAAAUGAUACGGGGUCUAGUUUCUGCAGCCCGCUUCUUGUGAACAGCAUUCUUGCAGUGGCAAGUGCAGUAUGUCUGAUGAGCUAUGCGUUCUAUUGUCAGGGAAAGAGACAAGCUAGCUGGAUGAUGCUGCGGCAGGCCGUUCAACUCGCUCAAGACUUUGGAAUGUUUGAAGCACCAAGGACACAACAUCACGAGUGGAAAAAGAUGAAUGCUCAGAUGCAAUAUGUGGCAUCUAUAACUGCCCACAGCAUCUUCAUAUUGAAUUCGCAAAUGGCUCUAAUAUGCCGUAGAGCUGCGAACCUUCAGCGUCCCAGAUUCAUGCUAGUCUUGGAUAACCAUCUUGAUGACAUCGCCUGGGCUCCAUAUCCCCAUUCGAACAAGAUUGAAUAUGGCAGAAAGUCAGCCCUGCUUCGUUACGUGAUGGCGGCUCUGGAGUCUUUGACUGCGAUAGUGGUAGAAAUCCAGGAUCUUUUAUAUAGUAAGGCGCUGUUUCUCAAUAUUGAUGAAGCGUGGGUGCUGGUCAGUCCGCUCUAUUCGCGCCUAGAUCAAUGGCCGGAAAGCCUGCCUACUAUCCUGCGACUAGACGAGGGACCAAUGCCGCAGACUUUGCUUGUGCAAUAUUACCACGCUAUCAUUUCACUGUCGGAUUUCCUCCUUGACCGCGGAGAUGUGGAGUCGGCGCCCAACUCAACCCUGCCUCGACAAAUGAGGCUCAUCCAAGUCCGUUCGGCGAAACAAAUUGCACGAUGUUUACGCAUGCACCGAGAAUUGUAUGGGCUGCGGCAAUUUUCUGGACAGGUGCUCGAACCCAUCUGUAGCAGCGCUUCUGUUUUGAUGGGAGCUUUGGGCGAUGAUGGGAUCGAAGGCGCGUUUGUGGAGGUGUGUCGGUGUCUAGUUGCAUUCAGCAAGCGGUUUUCGAUCGCAAAAGCUAUGAUUCACGAGAUCGAGUCUACGGGCUCGGCGCUCUGGAAUUCGCUUGCCGCCCGAAGCUAUUGCAGUGUUGGAUCACAGGGAGCUGGCCUCCUCACAGUGGCUUUAAUUCGAAAGAUUCCAUCAGUUCUAUUGGUUGACGCUCUCCGUUCUCUUGGCGAUAAUAUCGGCCUGAGGUCGAAUAGGAGGAACGCACUAUAUCGGAGCCAGCGAGGUGGAGGUGGAGACGCAUUCAUUGAAUGA